CAGCACAGUUUCAGCAGACAAGCCAGACCAAGAAAAGGCAGAAAUCAAGAUGAAUGAUGUGAAACUUGCAAUCUUGGGAGGUGAAGGGACUGGCAAGUCCGCCCUGACAGUAAGGUUUCUUACUAAGAGAUUUAUCGGAGAAUAUGCUUCCAAUUUUGAAUCUAUUUAUAGUAAACAUUUGCAUCUGGAAGGAAAACAAGUUAAUUUGGAAAUAUAUGACCCUUGUUCUCAACCAAGGAAAGCAAGCUCUUCCCUCGCAAGUGAGCUUCACUGGGCCGACGGGUUUGUGAUUGUUUACGAUAUCAGUGACAGGUCCUCGUUUGCUUUUGCCAAAGCACUGAUGUACAGAAUUCGGGAGCCCCAGACUAGCCAUUGUAAAAGAGCUGUGGAGUCUGCAGUGCUUUUGGUUGGCAACAAGCAAGAUCUGGGUCACGUGCGGGAAGUUGGCUGGGAGCAAGGACAAAAGUUGGCACUGGAUAACCGAUGCCAAUUCUGUGAACUCUCGGCUGCAGAGCAGUCUCUGGAGGUAGACAUGAUGUUUCUACGAAUUAUCAAGGAUGUCUUGACAAGCAUCAAGCUCAAAGAUAAGAGAAGACCCAGUGGAUCUAAGUCAAUGGCCAAAUUGAUCAAUAAUGUAUUUGGAAAGAGAAGGAAAUCUGUUUAGUAGACAUGUGCUC